AUGGACAAUAACAGUGUGGAAAAGCUCAAAACCAUUCGUGAAGGUAGCGCAGAGAUCUUAACUGCCGAACACGUGUUCUACAAUCCAGUGCAGGAGUUCAAUAGAGACUUGAGUAUUUGUGUGCUAUCUACUUUUUCCCAAUUAUACCAUCGGGAGAAAAAAGCGACUGUUCAGAAAAGCUGGAAAGGUGAUCCACCUGUUGAAGAAGUCGAACUUGUAGCCGGACAAAAAUGCGAGAAAGGACUGCGCAUUCUAGAAGCUCUAUCAGCCACAGGACUUCGAAGCAUCCGAUACGCAAAUGAAGUUCCCGGAGUAAAGGAGAUCAUAGCAAAUGAUCUGUCUAAGUCGGCUGUAGAAUCUAUACAGCAAAAUGUAAAACUCAAUAAGCUAGAACACAUUAUAAUUCCUAGUUUCAACGAUGCAAUGACUUUGAUGUACACAUCAACACAUCCAGAUAAACAAUUUACGGUUAUUGAUCUGGAUCCGUACGGUCACCCAACCCGAUUUUUGGAUGGAGCAGUGCAGUCUGUUGCAAAUGGCGGUAUGCUGUUGAUAACGGCAACAGAUAUGGCUGUCUUGGCCGGUAAUUCUCCAGAAGCAUGCUACGUAAAAUACGGCUCAGUACCACUCAAGACAAAAGCUUGUCAUGAAAUGGCUCUACGUAUACUCUUAAGAUGCAUUGAGUCCACGGCUACACGCUAUGGUCGCUACUUGGUGCCUCUGUUAAGCAUUUCCGCUGAUUUUUAUAUUCGAGUGUUCGUCAGAAUUUUUACCAGCCAAUAUGAGUGCAAGAAAAGCAGCAGCAAACAAUCAAUGGUGUUUCAGUGCACCGGAUGUGAAUCUUUCACUCUUCAACCAUUAGGCAUUCUAAAGCCCAAUCCGUCCGAGCAAAAUCCUAAUCAAAUUAAAUUUGCAACCCCCACUGGUCCAUUUGUGUCUAGUCGGUGCACUCACUGCAACCAUCAACAUCACAUGGGAGGCCCAAUUUGGUCCGGACCAUUGUACGACGUAGACUUUCUUGGCCAGUUGCUAAAAACAGUCGAAAUGAAUUCAUUCAAAAAGCUGACUACCAUCCGUAGAAUUUACGGUACACUAUCCGUAAUACGAGAAGAGCUUCAUGAUGUUCCACUUUACUACACGUUGGAUCGUCUGUGUGGUACUCUUAAAUUGGAAGUGGUUUCUAUGAUGAAGUUCCGUUCUGCUUUAUUAUAUGCCGGGUAUCGAGUGUCCUACUCGCAUGCCUGCAAAACUUCCAUCAAAACCAAUGCACCAGUUUCAGUCAUUUGGGACAUUUUGCGCUGUUGGGCUCGUACACAUCCAGUAAAAAAAGAACGCCUUAUAGAGGGCACACCCCUUAAUGCUAUCUUGGCGAAAGAAUCCACUAUUGAAUACAAUUUAAAUGAACUGCAUCCUGAUGCAAAUCCACCGAGUCGAAAGGAAUCACUGAGCCGAUUUCCGGAGAAUCCAGCAGCUCACUGGGGUCCUGGAACGCGUGCUACACUGAUGGUCAGUGACAACAAAAUGUUUAAAAGUGUUCAAAAUCAGAACAAGCGACGAAAGGGUCGGGGCAGUGAGAAGAAACGAGACUUAUCGGAAUCUACAGAAGGAUUGAAAUCACCUGACAGAAAACAGUCGAAAACUGAUGAGGCAAACGAAACAGUAAAUUAGUGGAAUUUCUGCGGCAUGUGCGCACAAAGCGACAAAAAAUCGAUCAAACAUGCACUGACUUCUGGUCACGCCAUUUUUCUGUCUAGUUGCGAAGUUUGCAGAUGUUUUGUUAUUGCUAAACUGACGAAAAAAAAUCCUCUGUAAUAGU